GUGAGCGACUAGCGGUACUGUACUCCGGCCGCUUCAAAUAUUUCAAGUGCAAAGGAUCGAUCAAAAUUUGCUGAUCGAUUGACGGUCGAGGGCGCCGCCAUGUCACGCCUGGUGUCAACCACCUUCACCUUGGCGAUUUGCGUCGCCGUGGUAACCGCCGAUGAUAAAACAUUCUACACCAGCAAUGCCUUGGCCAACAUGCGCUACGACGUCACCCUUCCGAACGGUGUCAUAACCCCUACCACUGACAGCACGGUGUGCCAAGCGAUAUGCUCACAGAAUGACAAUUGCGACGCCUACGCAUACUCCAGCUUCCACAAGACAUGCCAGAUCUACCAGAGGAACAUGACCGUACAUACUGUCUUCCAGAACUCCUACAAACUUUGGGUUCUGCUAAAGAGUUCAGACAAAGGCUACAUGCUCGUCGGCACCGAUUACUUGUUGCCGGUCUACGAGAUGAAAAAUGCUGCCGAUGGAACAAAACGUUGCAAAAACGAAGGAGGAGACUUGGUAGCCAUCAAGAGCCAGGACAUGAACGACUACAUCACUCAAAAUAUAUCACUUGCCACCAUGGCUUCUUACUUCUUCAUUGGACUGUCGGAUGAGGUGGAGGAGGGAAAGUGGCUCUACCCUGAUGGUAGCGUUCAGGGCGAUUUCGAUAGCUGGGCUUGGAACGGCAUGUGGGAACGACGCGACAAGAACUGCGCCAUCAUCGGACUGAACGGCAUGUGGAAACACGAAAACUGCGGAAACGUCAACUACUUCAUCUGUCAGAUCCCUAUAUUCUAGGGAUGAACCCCAUCCAUCAGAUAACUAUGUUCUAGGGAUGCACCCUAUCCAGAUCCCUAUAUUAUUGGGAUGCAUACUUCUGUCAGACCUUUGUAUCCUAGGAUGCACCCUAUCCGCCAUAUAACAUAACAUAACAUAGUGAUGUCGGCGCUAAGGACUAGGCCUGG